ACCAUAAGUAGGCUGGAAAUGCCUACCAGGGCAAGAAGCCCAGGCUUAAUGUCUUUUCAAGAUCCACAGCAUAGCUGGACGGAUGACUUGCCAGUGUGUAAGCAAUCCGGCGUGGGAUUCUCAACAAAUCAAAUUUACCGUGAAGAUGGAUAUCGGCAGGAAGAGCACCCAUUCGAAGACCGUAGUUUCCAUUGUCACUAUGAUGAUUCGACAUUCCUCUAUGGUGUAUUCGACGGUCAUGAAGGUACAAAGGCAGCAAAUUUUGCUUUGCAAAGAAUGGCAGCUGAGAUAUUGUUGGGUCAGUUAAAUGGAAAAACUUUAGAUGAAGAAAUAAAGGAAGUGUUAAGGCAAGCCUUUAUCACGGUUGAACGAGGAUAUCUAGACUCUAUAGGCGAUCUUUUGGCUGAACGGGCUAGUUUACAGUUCGAUAUACCAGCAGGCUUAAACUCGUAUGAGACUUAUCAAAAGUUUCCUCAACUGGUGGAUAAGCUGAAUGCAUUAAAUUGUGAAUUAUCUGCUGGAACUAGUGCAGUGGUAGCUCUAGUAUAUCGCAACCGACUAUAUGUUGCAAAUGUUGGGGACAGUAGAGCUCUCUUAUGUAAAACUGACAGCAACCAAGUUCUCCGAGUUGUUCAGUUGAGUGUCGACCAUGAUUUACGAAACGAAGAUGAACUGUUAAGGCUAUCUCAGCUGGGUAUUGAUAUCGAAACAAUAAGACAAGGUUCUCAUUUGGGAAAUCAAGAAAAUACUAGAUGUAUAGGGAAUUAUCUAGUUAAGGGAGGAUAUAGAGAGUUCGAGGAGUUAGCUUCUGCAACUGCCGAACCCAUUAUUGCUGAGCCAGAAAUUCAUGGUGGGAUAGAACUUGAUGACUCCUGCAGGUUUUUACUGCUAAUGUCUGGAGGUCUUUAUAAAUCACUGCAGGAAGCUACCGGAACUGAUCAAGUUAACAGAGAGUUGGCUCUUAUAGCAGUGGAACAAUUUAAAGUGCAGUCUACUUUGACAGGAGUUGCACAAGCAGUGGUUGACAAAGUUGUACGAAUUCAUCACGACGUAAACAUGAGUAAUUCACGAAAUAAUUUACUUCCUGGAAAACGAGAUGACAUUACGCUUCUUGUGCGAAACAUUAAUUUUCCACUUCCACACGCAUUGAGGAGUCCGAUCAAUCAGUCUGUGAGAUUCAACCCAAUCAUCCAAACAGCUCCUUUAACUGUACUCCACAAUGACGACUAUUCCAGUACAGGGACAGGAGUAGCUGAUAAUUUUGACACUUCUACAAGUGAAACUUCAACGACAUCGGACAUAUACCCUCCAGGUUCGAAAACUUCGAACAGGAAUGCAAAAAUCAAACCAUACGUUGACUUCUCUGAAUAUUUUAAAACUGUGGAAAAAAGAAGGCAAGAUGGUACGUUACCUGAUGGUAUUGACUUUUAAUAUAAUUCAUACUCUCAAAUUAUUUCAAACUUCACAAGAAGGCAUCUUGAUAAUAUUCCACUUCUUGUAUCAAAAGUAAACUAAUUCCUAGAUGUUUUGGAAUUCGAUGCUAGUCUAACUAUUAAAUAACAAUAAUCUUUGUUUUAUUGAUCCAUGCAAAAAAUUGUAAAGGCCCAGAAAUGAUCUGCUAGUAGAACAUUGAAACCGAAGAAUGUACGUUAGGAUUACAAGAGUAUCCUAAGAAUCAUUUCACUUUUUAACAUAAAGAGCUAUACUUUAUCUAUACAAAUCUCUUAGGACUUUACCAGUUGUCUAUUCUUACGAUUUAUUUACUCAACAAACCAAUAAUUGUAUUAAUAAGUAAUAUAUGUAAAUAAAUAGGUUUUAAUCACAGCAA